AAACACGAGUUAAAAACGGAAUUAAAACAACUAAAGGACAUAUUUGAAAGUGAUUUUCGAAAAGAACUAAGAAAAAUUAAAAACAGCAUGACGUUUAUUAACAAGGAGUUUAAGGGCAUAAAGGACGAACUGAAAGCUAUUCGCACCGAGAAUAAGGAGCUAAAAGCUGAAAAUCGAAAGUUGCACCUCAAGUGCGAUGAGCUCGCCAAGGAGCUAAACACAACAGCGUCCCGGAUACUCCGCUGCGAACAAUAUUCCCAAAAUGCUAACAUAGAGAUCAAGGGAAUCCCUACGCAGCCAAACGAAAACCUUUACGCCAUAUUAUCAAAGAUUGGCGAUAGGAUCGGUGAGCCGAUCCUGGAUACCGGCAAUGAAACCUGUCAUCGUGUACCUGUCAGCAAUAAUCAGGAAAACAAAAACAUAGUUGUACAAUUCACGCACCGAUGGAAACGGGAUUCGAUUCUAGAAAAGGCACGUCGCCUUAUGAUAAGAGGGGAGGUGGAGUUUCUUUACAAGUUCAGUUUCCUACAACUUCGGUGUUGA